ACUGUUGAAUAAAUUAGAAAAGCGUGAGUUUCUCUUACAUAGGUAAAAGAAGAAGUAGAGCAGAAGCUCAGACCGACUCGAAUUAUUUUUGGGUCAACCGAGCCUGAAAGGGUCUUGUCACGUCUAUGGAUCUGCCAAUUGAUGCGCCCAACCCAGUGGAGGGACGAUGAGCAUUCAGGGCAGUCGGCGAUUCCCGAGUCGCCUUUUUGGGAGGCCGAUGAGUCGAAUCAUUUCGAGCAGACUGAGGCUCGCUAUGGAAAUUGGAAAAUAGCAUCCAAGGAACAGUCCGUCAGAGCAAACAAAGGAGUUCUCCGGUGUUCUGCAUAACUGGGAGACGGAGGGUCUGAAUCAUAGACCAUCGUUAUGGCAGAGCCCAAGAACAAAUACGAUCGACAGCUGAGGAUAUGGGGAGAACAAGGGCAAGAAGCACUAGAAAAAGCUAGCGUUUGCUUGCUCAAAUGCGGACCAACCGGUUCAGAGACACUGAAAAACCUUGUUCUUGGUGGCAUUGGGAGCAUAACUGUUGUAGAUGGAUCUAAAGUUGAAGUAGGGGAUCUCGGAAACAAUUUCAUGGUUGAUGAAAGAAGUGUUGGAGAGUCGAAGGCAAAAUGUGUAUGUGCUUUCCUGCAAGAGCUAAAUGAUGCUGUAAGGGCCAAGUACGUGGAAGAGUCUCCAGAGGCACUCAUUGAAACAAAUCCUUUGUUUUUUGCUCAGUUUACAUUGGUAAUUGCAACUCAGCUGCUAGAAAAUUCAGUGGUAAAACUUGACAGAAUCUGUAGGAAAGAGGAUAUAAUGUUGAUAGUUGCACGUUCCUAUGGUCUUACUGGCCUUGUGCGUAUCAGUGUGAAGGAACAUACGGUAAUCGAGUCAAAGCCUGAUCAUUUUGUGGGUGAUCUUCGCCUUCAUAAUCCAUGGCCUGAACUCAAGCAGUUUGCUGAAGACAUUGACCUGAACACAACCGAUCCUGUCAUCCAUAAAAACAUACCUUAUGUUGUAAUUCUUGUAAAAGCUGCUUCAGAGUGGAAACAUACACAUGGUGGUCUUCUUCCGACAACCAGAGAAGAGAAAAAACAAUUCAAGGAUCAUUUGAAAACAAAAAUGAUUUCACUGGAUGAAGAUAACUACAAGGAAGCCAUUGAUUCAUCAUUCAAAGUUUCUAUUCCUGCUGGAAUCAGUUCUCAACUGCGUCAGAUAAUUGAGGACAAUUCUGCAAAAGUCUUUGCUGGCUCAUCUGAUUUUUGGGUGCUUGUAGCAGCCUUGAAGGAAUUCAUUGAGAAUCAAGGAAAUGGGGAUGCACCUCUGGAAGGUUCAAUACCAGAUAUGACGUCUUCAACUGAAUACUAUGUAAGCUUGCAAAAGAUAUAUCAGGAAAAGGCUGAGGCCGAUUGUCAAGUGAUGGAACACCUAGUGAGGAACACUCUUAAGAGAAUUGGAAGGGAUCCUGGUAGCAUUUUGAAGGCAACAAUCAAAAGCUUCUGUCGGAAUGCUAGAAAGAUCAAUGUGUGUAGAUACCGAUCCAUAGAAGAGGAGUUUAUGUCCCCUCUUCUACCAGAACUGCAUAAGUACUUUCUCGACGAAGAGUACAGUGCAGCAAUUAAUUUCUAUAUUUUGCUUCGAGCUGUUGACCGGUUUACGAGUAAUUAUAACAGAUUCCCUGGGCUUUUUGAAGACAGUGAAUUGGAUGAGGAAAUGUCAAGGUUGAAGACUGUAGCGGUCAGUAUCUUAAGUGAGAUGGGGGCAAACGGCUCCACCUUGUCUGAAGACCUUAUCAAUGAAAUGUGUCGGUUUGGAGGUGCUGAGCUUCAUGCGGUUGCUGCAUUCAUUGGAGGCAUUGCAUCACAAGAAGCUAUCAAGCUCAUAACAAAGCAAUUUAUACCCAUGUCUGGAACUUUCAUAUUCAACGGCAUUGAUCACAAAUCACAAAUCUUGGUCUUGUAGUCUUCUGCUUGAGAGACUGCCUCACGAGAUUUUGAUGUUGCAGCACAGGCGUAUAAAUACAGUUUGCUGGAUCCUGCUUGAGGUACAAAUCCGGUUUCACAGUUUGUUCUUUUCCAGAAACAUUAGAAAAGUUGAGCACCAUUUAGGCGCGAGUCACGAGGGCAUUGUCUACUGGAUUGCCGCAAAGAUCACCUACGUCCCAGGCUGCUGUCUCUUCUGUUCCUCUGUUAUUUUAUUUUUCUUUUCUUUUCCAGUAUGUUUCUGGAAUUUCUUGGAUAAGGAUCCCGGACUUGUCUUGGUGUUGGCACAUAAAAUUUUGAAAAGUUUUGGAGCUCUCGGUUUGGCAUUCGCUUUUUGUUGGAUCGUUUUAAUAGUGCAUGUAAUUUUUGCAUUAAUGGAAAACGUGAUCUUUACGAUUUUACCAA